AUGAAGUUCACCACCAUCUUCCUCAACGCCCUCAUCGGCCUAGCAACCGCCGCGCCCGUCGAGGACCCCUCCCCGGCCCUCCUCGAAAAACGCUAUCCUCCCAACGUCCUGACCCCACUCUACUCCCACCGCUGGAGCAACAACGUCUGGACCCCCGCCACCGACUCCCGCGGAAACGCAACCUGGGGCCCUUCCGACUCCCGCGGCUUCCCCACCGAAACAAUCUCGACCUUCUCCAUCACCCCUGCCCUCGUCAACCAGAAAUUCGAACUGCACUUCUUCUCCCCGGGCGGCUAUCCGCCCAUCCAGGCCAUACAGCUUUGGAGCAACACCAACGUGCCGCCCUCGGCCAACACCAUACCGAGCACAUCGACGAACGGAAGGAAUGUGCAUCUCGGGACCUUCAGGGCCGACGCGACGGGAGAUGCGGUGGAGAUACCCGGGAACCCCUCGGGCUGGAAGAGCGUGACGUUUGGCAAGACGGGACGCUCUUCUCUUGCGGAUGAGUGGCUUGGACAUACAGGCCCGGGUAUGAGCCUAGAUCCUCACUGUCAGAGUCUCAUGCAGACACCAGGCAGAACGAUCAUGUUGAUGGGCACUAGGCCCAUUGGUUCCGUCAAGUUUCCUCAAAUACACUCCGCUCGUCGCGACCUCAUACGAAAAGUUCGUCUCAGGGACGCUCCCAACGCCAACAACCUCAAAUGCCACACUCCCCACACCCGCCGGCAGCUGGAAUGCCUUCCACCCACUGGGCCCGUCUCCCGGCCGCACAAUCGCAUCCCCCGGCACUUGCACAUAAAACCUGCCCAGAUGCUGAUCGCGGUUGUUCGACCCGAUGAGGUCAUUCGGCGGCGUGCGGCUCGAGCUGUAAAUGUCCACGACGGUGUUAUUUUGCGUGCCGCGCUCGUUGUACCAAAAGCCGACCUGGACUUUUUUGCCGAUCCAGUCGGUGGGCAGGCUGAAGACAUGGACUUCGGAGGUGGAGGUGAGGAAGUUGACGACGCCGGUGAGUUUGGGGGUGUAGUCGGGUGGCGGGUGAGUGGGGGAUUGGUGGUAGAUGUAGGACCGGCCGGGGGUGAGGACGCCGGAGGGCCAGCGCUUGAAAAGAGCGGCGGGGGCGGCGGUUGUGAGGGCGGCGAGGCCGAGGAUGAAGGGGGUGAGGAACUUCAUUGUGAAUGUAUUUGGUUCGCUCGGUGGGAAAAAAGCGCGUGGGAUCCGAGAAGGGAUUAA